AUGAUGAAUAGGAAAGACUUGUGGGCGAUUAGUGCGGCCGGAAUACCACCCACAUGCGAAAAUAUUGAGGUUUUCUUUGCAGAGGAUUUUUCAAGACUGGUUUGCAGCGGUUGGGCUUUUCAAUUCAGUGAUAAUGAGCUUAGUGGUUCGUUCAGCUAUCAACAAGCCUCAACGAGAAAAGUGCUUCUUUCUCCAGACCUUGUUGGUAUUUCAAUGAAUUAUAGAUUCAUAUCAUGUGGGAAAUACAAUGUUUCGAACUACGUAGUGCGAGUGAACAACCAAUAUGUGAUGAAUCUCACUGGUUUGAAGCCUCAAACAUAUUGCAAACAGCAAGAUGGAUGCAAUUUGGGAGUAAUGAAGGCAACAGGCAGUGACAUUUCAUCAUCAUCCUACAUGCUACUCAAAAACUAUAACAAUAUCAUGGCUAUACAGAGGCCUACCUCUGAGAAGCUUGCUAUUGAAUCCAUGUCUCUCUAUUUUUGUUACGUUAGCAGCAGUGUGUCGGUAAUUGAUCUCAAGCUUUUGCCAGUUGCGAAAGCGAAUAUAACAGCCGGGUUAAACACAACUGUUGCCAAUUUGACAACUCUAACCAUCACUAAUUCUGGUACUGACAAAGCUUCUGAUGUUAUUCUUGAAAUUCGUUUGUCACAGCCAUUGCUAAGUUUAUUCAACCUGACCUUCACGAAUUUCAGAAAACUUGUAGAAAGCAAGAAUUUAACGUACUUGUACUCCAUUACAACCACGUUGCAAGCUAAAAGUGCUUCAUCUGCUCAGUAUUUAAUUAAGAAUUUGAACAUUGCCCAGAAUGAGACAGUCUCUUUUGACAUAUCCAGCUCCCUUAAUGUUUCUCUCUUGAACGCCAGCAUGACCUCAAUCAUGAAUAUUACGAUUUCUGGCAAUGGCAAUUAUUUCGAAAAGGAGACAACUAAUAACAUCCAGCAAACAACGCUGUUCAUUAACACGACCUCUAUACUACCUUCAGCGAAAAACAACAGCUCCAAUUCUCCGCCAACACAACCCACUCCUCAAAAUUCAACAUCUUUUACAUAUUCAAACUUUUCAGCCACUCAAGCGUUUGCUCUCAAAAGCGGGGAUACAAUAUCAUUGAUAUUUACUCCCAGCUCCAACUCAUCAUGUUUCAUACACGCGAUCUUUCAGUUUCAGCAAGCCUUUAACGGAAGUGUUGGAAUUACCUCGUCCAUUCGUACUCAAUCCCUCAUUAACAUUUCCACUAGUGACUUUCUUGAAAACUCUCUUAGAUUAAUCAUUCCUUCAAACUACUUGAACUGUUUGAACAAAUCAGCCAAGACCAAUGUUACCAUUCAAUUUUUUUCAACCUCGGUGAUUAAGGCGCCAAUGAAUGCCACUCUGUUUAAAAAAGAAAUUUCAGUUUUGAACAACCUUUCGUCAUCAUUUAUGGUCAACAGUUCAAGUUUGGGAGAUUUAUCUGCUUUUGUGAUACCAACUCUUGGUCGAGAGUAUACUCCUCAAGACAUUCAAAUCAACACACAAGUUAACUACUAUUCCACACUUAUUUCGCCGUACUCAUUGUUUCUUGUUUACAAUAGUUCAGCUCCAUUGAUCCUAAAGGAGAACAGGGCUCUUCGGCAAACUGCACAAUCACCCUUCCAGUUUCUUGUGUCUUCCGUCUUUAUUGAGUCGGGAAGCACUCUGAUAGUGGUUGCAAAUCAAAAAAAGGUAGAACGGGCAAGUUUGGCAAUUAAAGUGCCUCAAAAGUAUUCCAAUCCCCCUGCCAUAACCUCCUCUUUUACAGGUGUGGUUUCCCAAACAUUCCCUCAAUCUCCUUCAGGAAUAUAUCCUGUUGCUGUAUCAUUCAACCUCCCACAAACAACCACGAAAACCAUGACCAUAAGCUUUACAGUGCAGAAACUUGUUGCAGUUCAAAGCAAGAGCGGAAUAAGUAAGGCACCUCCAAUGAUUUCCAUAUUGGGAAUUCAAGAUUCUGGAGUCAACAAGAGAUCAGUUCUUGUUUCAUCAUUUUCAGCUCAAUAUGCUUGUCUACCAAACGCUAAUGCGGAUUCGCUCUAUAUUAACAGUUACGUUCCUCUCUCAGGACUGAGUGGUGAUUGGAUGUUUAAGCUUGUCCUUGAUCCAUCUUACACCUCGGUAGACUCUAGUGUCUCGCUAACUGUACAAACAAGGUCCGAAACUUUCACUCCUUCCACGAACCAAGUAGAAAAAGUUCAGAUGGGAUACUUGACAGCACUUGUUUCAGAUUUUGAGUUCAGGAUGGUUUUACCUGUAUACCAAAAUAAGAUGACGUACACCUUAACGUUUAAGAGCAACGAGCUCUAUUUAACCAACGGGGACUAUGAAAUUUAUUUUAGUGUUGGGUUUAAACCUACACAACAAAGCUAUCAUUUGAAAACACCAAAAAUGAAGGUUGGAGGUGCAACCCAAACAUACAGUUUCUUUUUGAAGUAUGACAACGAAAAAGUGAUUGUUUCCACCGUUGAUUCAUCGAUCAUUUACACAACUGCUACCUAUACCAACCUUGAUGACAAGAGCUUGAACAUUCUGAUUCAUCCAAUUUCUUCAAACUCAUAUGCCAGUGUUGAUUGUACGACACAAAGCUCUACUGCAUUUGCUUUCUUCACCAUGGUGGCCAACGAACAAGAGACAGAAACAUCUGACAAGAUCUUGUCACCGGAUUCUACUCUUACCAUUUACCCAAAAACAACCAUUAACGUCAAUACUUCGACAGUGUACACAAGAAGCAAUUAUGGGAAAACAUGCUUAAUUGAGUUUGUCACCACUGAUAUUAAUGCCUUCUCCGAAACUCAAAUACCAGUGAUGAAAGAGCGAAAUUUACUAACUGAAACAGAGACUAAAUAUCAGAUGAAGAGAUUAGAGAUGAUAAGCUUAGGUCAAUCGACCAAAACUCUUCUCAAGUUUUAUUUCGAAACGAUCAUCUCACCAUCGAAACCUUUAGUUUCUUACACGAUAGAAAUCCCUGACGGCUCUUUUACUGAGCUUACCAUUCAAGGGUCAGUGGAAGCCUACAAGUCACUACCAAACUAUUUAAUGGACGAAUUCUAUAUAGGAACAUAUAUUAGUUCUGGUUGCAAUCUUGCGUUUGUGCUAUUGUACAUUUUAAUUGCCUUGCUUAUUUUCGCCGUUCAAACUUUUAGAGGUAUCUUGAUUGACUUGGAAGACAAUGCUCGUUGGGCUGGAUGCAUUCCUGCCAAAUUCAUUGCUUGGCCCAUUUUGUGCACCCUUGGUUGCUGUUCUCCUUUCUUUUGUUGUUGCCACAGCCGGAUCAACAAGAGAAAGUCUGCCCUAUGUUGUGCUUCAUUGGUUUGGUUUUUACUUGGAGUUACGAUUUUAUUUGGAUUUGGUAUUGUUUUUGGAAUUUUAAUCUAUGAUGUGAGUGAAUUAACUUUGGUAUCAACCGGAACAAAAACAUCUCCCAAUUUCAUAAUUACCUCUACGGUUAGUGCAUGUUGUGAAGUGCAAAGCACGCCGUACUUCAAAACGCAAAACUUUCCUUUUAUUCAAGUUGGAGGAAGUUUGAAAUGUAUCAACUCGGCCACUGUGGAUUACGUGUAUCGUUUCACUGAAAAUGACCUGAGUCCAACGACACCUGUAUCGUAUUCACAAAUCAGUGGAGGACAAGCAGCGGUUGCAAGUGCUAGAAUGUAUUGUAAGGGGUCUAAGGUAGCCUUUGUUCCAAAGUAUUUGGACCUGUCGAGAAUAUUUGGUAUUGUUGCACCAAUUGGAUUCAUUUUCUUGUUGCUGGCCUUAAUACACGUAUGCUAUUUGGUGCUUGGAUCAUGCUUGACUCCAACGUCUAAAGAGAGCACUCUAGCAAAGUCCAACACGGCAGUGAACAAUCAUAUCAAUGAUGUCAUCUUUAACCCAUUCCUUGUUCCGAACACCAGUGCAGUAUUUGAUGGAACCAUUAAGGACAUUGAGCUUCAAGACGCCAAAAUUAUGAAGCCAUCAGCUGUUUCUCAACCACGAGAAAUUUUGCCUCCUCCAUACGCACAAGCUAUGCAAAACGAUAUGUUUGCAUUUGAUAGAGCAAUAAGUGUGUACAAUUUAGAUGACGCCCAACAACCAGCUCAAUUUGUUGCCUAUACACAAAACGUACCUGGCAAUAUGACUUGCUAA